AUGAGACCGAGAUCAAGAGUGGAGGUUGUCGGUGGCAGUGAUUCUGAUGAUGGUGUCAAUGACGUGUUGGUUAUUGGUCUCGAUUUUGGGACGACAUACUCAGGCGUCGCGUGGGCAACAUAUGAAGGGUUCAACGCUAACGAAAUUAAUGUUAUCACUACCUGGCCUGAGCAGCCAGACGAAGCCAAAGCACCAACGCAGCUGUUCUAUGAAGACGGGAAAAUUAUGUGGGGCUUUGGUAUUCCCAUCGAUGCUGAUCCAGUUCAGUGGUUCAAGUUACUCCUCAUCAAGGAUAUCGAUCUCGAUGAAGAAACAAGGUCCUCAGAAUUCUUGCUAAGAGGUCGCAAAAUGCUGAGGGAAAACAAUAAAACAGCAAUCGACCUGAUCGCUGACUAUCUGAGGCUGCUUUGGAAAUACGUUCUAGAGAUGAUCACUAAAGAUUGUGGUAGCUCGGUGGUUGAUGCGUUACCAUUCCACGUUGUCCUCACAGUACCAGCUAUCUGGAAAGGGUAUGCUCGUGAAGGAAUGGAGAAGGCAGCACGGGUGGCUGGCAUCUUAGAUGGACGUCUCGCAGGACCAACUAAUCUGACCUUCGCUCCCGAGCCGGAAGCUGCCGCUCUUCAGAGCCUGGACGCUGGUGAGAUAUACGUAGUAUGCGAUGCGGGAGGCGGCACAGUUGAUCUUAUCAGUUACGAGAUCGAUUCUGGCGUGAGGCCCAUCGUAAUGCAUGAAGCUGCUGAAGGAACAGGGGGUCUGUGCGGCGGCAUCUUCAUUGACCAAGCUUUCGAAGACAUAUGCAAAGCACGGCUUGGGCGGAAGUGGGAUCGCUUGAGUAAGGCAGGCAUCAAACAGAUCAUGAAGAAAGAAUGGGAGUCUGGUGUAAAACUAGCUUUCAACCAUCCGUCUCUCAACGACUACCUCGUGUCGAUUCCAGCUGAGGCUUUUGGCAGCAGUGGAGAUAGUCUGAAUGAUGACUCAAAAGAGCCAAUCAUCAAGAAUGGAAUCAUACAUUUCAAGAGUUCUCACCUCUGCCAGGCAUUUUCCAAACCGUUCCUUCAAAUUGAGGAAUUACUUGACGAGCAGAUCAAAAGAAUCCAAAGCCAAGGCACUCCGCCAACGGCUAAUUCUAUGCAGGGCAUAAUUCUUGUCGGAGGGCUCGGAGGGAGCCCAUAUCUCCAUAAUGGCCUCAAAGCAAGAUACUCACCCGUGGGCAUCGAUGUCUUGCAAUCCACCGUGGUCAAGCCACGCACUGCCAUCUGCAGAGGUGCGGUUUACAAGGGCUUCAUGGAAGGAGCUGGUGGGAAGUUUGAUCAUCAGCCGAAUAUGAUCAGUAUUACCUCUACUAUAUCAAGAUCCAGCUUUGGUACCAUAUUCCGAGCCAAGUUUGAAGCAGGAAAGCAUCUCGAAUACGAAAAAGUCUGGGAUAACAACGAAUGCGAAUAUAAGGCUGAAAAUCAGAUGGCCUGGUAUCUCAAAAGAGGCGAAACCGUCUCUGGUAAAGACCCAGUUCGUAGGUCAUACUAUCAGAUUUUGAAGAAUGACUUCGGGCGAUCCUUCUCUAUCACCAUGCAUCAAUGCAACGCGUUGACAGCUCCAUCUCGGCUAACUCCGGACGUGGGAUUUCUAUGCACCAUAGACUGCGCCGUAGAUACGCCUUUCGGGGCAUUGGAGGAUUACACGAACCCCAACGGAGAGAUUUUCAAACGUCUGACGUAUGAUAUCGAGAUGGUUCCGUCAGGAGCGUCGGUCGAAUUUGUUGUUUAUAUCAAUGGAAAGAGACAAGGCGCACAGAACGCAAAUAUCCAUUUUGAGUAGGUUGGAGGUUAGAUGCUAGCAAGUUUCAUUCC